CGGCCCCAUUAAUGGCGGACAAAACAACCACACCAGCACAUGAAAGGCGCAUCGUCGUGCUCAUAUCCGGCUCAGGCACAAACCUACAAGCACUUAUUGAUGCGCAAAAUACCCCCGCCCUUCCAUCGACUCGCAUCACCCUCGUUCUCUCCAAUAGGAAAGCUGCAUAUGGCCUCACACGUGCUGCACAAGCCAACCCUCCCAUCCCUACUGCCUACCUCGGGCUCCAGCCCUACCUAAAAGCCAACCCGGGCAAGACGCGAGACGACUACGAUCGCGAGGUUGCUCGAAUCGUUGUCAAAGAACAGCCUGAUCUGGUUGUUUUGGCAGGCUGGAUGCACAUCAUGGGCGACGGGUUUCUAGAGGUCGUCAAUGGCGAGCGGCCGUACGAUGGUGAAGAGCGGGUACAGAAGCCGAUCCCCGUGAUCAACCUGCACCCUGCCUUGCCCGGGGCGUUCGACGGCGCUCAUGCGAUCGAACGAGCGUAUGAAGCGUUCCAGAAGGGAGAAAUAAAAAACUCAGGUGUAAUGGUGCACCGCGUAGUCAAAGAGGUGGACCGGGGAGACCCAGUUCUCGUGAGGGAGGUCGAGAUACUGCAGGGAGAACCGAUUGAGACUUUCGAGGAAAGGCUUCAUUCAGUCGAGUGGAAACUCAUCGUGGAAGCGACGGCCAAAGUAUUGAACGAAGUAGCACCCAUACAGUCUGUAUCAUAGCAGGGAUUGUAGCAUUACUCAAAUAUCCUGUUGGUCCUGAUUAUCACAACGCCGCAGUUGCGCAGGCUGCUCGAAUCAUCACGUUCUUUC